UGAUACGUUUUUAAACAAUCUUUAAAAACGCAGAUACAAGCUGCUGCCAUCAUGGUUGAUGAUUUACAAGACCAAUCGUCAUUUCGGCGAGGUAAACCAUGUUGGUACUGAUGCAACCAAAAUGAACUAGCAGCAAUAACAGAUGCUCUAAAGUUGCAGCAUUGUAUAUUUUAUUUAAUUAAAAAAAAUUUUUAAUGAAAAGAAUGUUACGUAGAUCUGUUAGAAACAUUCGAGGAAAUAAAUGAAGAUAUUUCAGAUUAUACAUACCAAUUAUAUUUAAAUUAUGUUAACUUAUCUGUUCUUUCUUUUUAUUUGUCAGAUUACAUUAAAAACAAUAGAUGGCCAGAUAUUAGACCUGCAGCUGCCCACCAAUGAGGAGAAGCCAAAUUUGGAAUUAUUUACAAUGGAUACAUAUAAUUGUAUUGUUAGAAACAAGACGUCCUAUUAUUCUGUCGCUUUGCCAAUAACAAUAGCAAUGCAUUUGGCUGGAAUAAAAGACCGAGAAAGUUUUAUGCAAGCAGAAUCAAUUUCAUUAGAAAUAGGACAUUUGUUUCAAGUUCAGGAUGACUUCUUGGAUUGCUUCGGAGACUCAGAAGUUAGUGGCAAAGACAGCACUGAUAUUCAGGAUGGAAAAUGCACAUGGUUUAUUGUCGUGGCUCUUCAACGCGCUGCUCCGGAACAGCGUAAAAUUUUAGAAGCAUGUUACGGCUUUUCGGAUCCGGAGAAAGUAAAACGCGUAAAACAACUGUACACUGAUUUAAAUUUGCAAAAAAAUUACAUGUUGUACAAAAACAAAGUAUAUUAUUCAUUAAAUAAACGUGUACAGCAGAUGUCAUCACGACGAAGUUUGACGAAAACUAAAUGUGAAAAUUGUCGUAACGACAUGAUGAAAAUUUCCACGGAUGAUGCGACAGCAAAUGAAAAGUAUAUUGAAUAUUAUGAAUAUUCAGAUGAUGAUGAUGAUGAAGAUGCUCUAACAGUGACAAAAUUAGUGAGACCAACUACUAUCUGCACAAAUAUUAUAUAG